AUGUAAGGGAGAGCCACCAAAACCAUAUGGCAUGUUGCUGAGUUUUCUCGCUGACAGACUUGUUCGCUCGCUGCGGUUCAAUCCCGCCUCACACCUCAUAUCAAGUCAUCCGCUCUCUGUUACUGCUGCCUGCCAGGAAUACGAGUAGUUAUUGAUUUAAGCGGUCGUAGUGAAACUUUGACCCUGUUUAAGCCGUCGUGAGGAUGCACAGCUCUCAGAAGGACACCACAUACACCAAGAUCUUCGUCGGAGGUCUUCCAUAUCAUACAACCGACUCCAGCCUCAGGAAAUACUUUGAAGUGUUUGGAGAAAUCGAGGAAGCUGUUGUCAUUACUGACAGACAAACGGGGAAAUCCAGAGGCUAUGGAUUUGUGACGAUGGCGGAUCGAGCCGCAGCAGAAAGAGCCUGUAAGGAUCCAAACCCCAUUAUAGACGGCAGGAAAGCCAACGUGAACCUGGCGUACCUCGGGGCCAAACCACGGAUCAUGCAGCCAGGCUUUUCAUUUGGUGUCCCUCAAAUACACCCUACGUUUAUCCAGCGGCCUUAUGGAGAUAGUGAGGAUGAUCAUUCCCCAUUACUGUAUCCUCCCCCUUUCCGCCAGGUUAUGAGGAUUCCCGCUCACUAUGUGUACCCGCAGGCGUUUGUGCAGCCCAGCGUGGUGAUCCCUCACGUCCAGGCGCCGUCUUCAGCCUCGGCCGCGGCGUCUCCGUACCUGGACUACACCGGCACCGCAUACGCGCAGUACACCGCAGCCGCCACCGCUGCGGCCGCAGCCGCCGCUUACGAUCAGUACCCGUACGCCGCCUCUCCGGCCGCCACGGGUUACGUCGCCGCCACGACCGGCUACGGUUACGUCCAGCAGCCUCUGGCGUCUCCCGCGCCCGGAGCCGCGGCGGCCGCGUUCGCUCAGUACCAGCCGCAGCAGCUGCAGACGGACCGCAUGCAGUGAACAACUGGACUCUAUGACUGAAUCAGCCAAAGAAACUUGUUUAACUUUUUUAUUGUUCGGUUAUUGUUACUAUCGUUGUUUUAUUUGUAGUAUUUAAUAUUUAUUAUGUAACAGAAAGCUACAGCUUUUCCAAACAAGGGUGAUGGAAACUACGUUUCUUCCACGCAAGGAUUUUUUUUCAUUUUUCACUCACCCUUAUGUUAAAAACACUUGUAUUACUAAUUUUUCAUUGCAACACAGAGAAGGCCAAAAACAGCAUGAAUGAUCAACGAACAAACAUUAAAUGUGUUGCACAGAAAAAAAACGAGUUUGAGCAACAUGAGGGUGAGUAAAUAAUGACAGAAUAACAGUUCAUUAAAGUAAAUAAUUUGCUAAAAAAAUACUACUGAGGCUGUCCAAGAUUAGGAUGAGUUUGUUUCUUCAUCAGAUUUGGAAAAAUGUGUCAUUCCAUCACUGUCUCACCAAUGGAUGUGAAUGGGUGCCGUCAGAAUGAGAGUCCAAACAGCUGAUUAAAACAUUACAGUAAUUUACAAGUAAUCCACACCACUCCAGUCCAUCAGUUCACAUUUUAAGAGGCCAAAACUGUGUGUUGUUAAGAAAUGAAUCCAUCUUUAAAACGUUUUUAACUAAAAUAUGACUCCAUAAUCAAUAAUAACACUUCCUUCAUUGAAAAAGUCUAUUUUCUGUUGUCUCUCACAUCGAAACAUGCAGCUUUUGUCUUCUCACGAUGUUAAUUGGUGGACUGAAAUGGUUAGGAUUACUUGUGGAUUACCAGUGGAUCUAUUGCAGUGAAUGGGUGCCGUCAGAAUGAGAGUCCAAACUGCUGAUAAAAACAUCUCAAUAAUCUACAAGUAAUCCACAACACUCCAAUCCAUCAGUUAACAUCUUGAGAAAUGAAAAAUGGUGUGUUUGUAAGAAACAAAUCCAUCAUUAAGAAGUUUUUAAUUAAAAUAUCCAUAAUCCAGUCCAUAAUCCAAAAUGACGCUUCUUCCAGUGAAAAAGUGCUCUGGCCUGAAUCAGAAGAGAAAUCUGCACAGGUCAAACACCUGUGGCUGGAUUUUGAUUUGACGUUUUCACUAGAAGUGUUUUUAUAGAUUAUAAUAUAACCGUUUAAAGUUAAAAAUGUUUUAAUGAUGGAUUUGUUUCAGCUUUUGUCUUCUCAAGAUGUGAACUGAUGUACUGGAGUGGUGUGGAUUACUUGUGGAUUAUUGUGAUGUUUUUAUCAGAUGUUUGGACUCUCAUUCCAACGGCACCCAUUCACAUCCAUUGGUGAGCAAAUGAUGGAAUGCUACAUUUCUCCAAAUCUGAUGAAGAAACAAACUCAUCCUAAUCUUGGAUGGCCUGAGGAUAAGCACAUUUUCAGCUAAUUUUAAUUUUAGGGUAAACUAUUCCUUUAAGUCAUUGUUUUGAGGGUUUCAUCAAAAUUCUAUUAAGUAACAGACAAGGUUAAGCCAAAAUACAGAUUUGAUUUGUAAUUUCAUCAAUUGCUCACCAAUGGAUGUGAAUGGGUGCCGUCAGAAUGAGAAUCCAAACAGCUGAUAAAAACAUCACAAUAAUCCACAAGUAAUCCACACCAGUCCAGUCCAUCACUUAACAUCUUGAAGAUGUUUUUUUUAACUAAAAUCCAUCUCCAUAAUCCAUAAUAACACUUCCUGCAGUGAAAAAGUGGUCUGGUCUGAAUCAGGAGAGAAAUCUGCACAGAUCAAGCACCGUUUACAAGCCAAAACAGUCCAAAACAAAUACCUGGCUGGAUUUUGAUGUAAGAGACAACAAAAGAUGGACUUUUUCACAUUAUUAUGGAUUAUGGACUUGUAUUUUAGCUAAAAACGUCAUUAAAAAAUAGCUUUUGUCUUCUCAAGAUGUGAACUGAUGGACUGGAGUGGUGUGGAUUACUUGUGGAUGAUUGUGAUGUUUUUAUCAGCUGUUUGGACUCUCAUUCUGACGGCACCCAUUCACAUCUAUUGGUGAGCAAGUAAUGGAAUGCUACAUUUCUCCCAAUCUGAUAAAGAAACAAACUCAUCCUAAUCUUGGAUGGCCUGAGGAUAAGCACAUCUUCAGCUAAUCUUCAUUUUUGGGUAAACUAUUCCUUUAAGUCAUUGUUUUGAGGAUUUUGUCAAAAUCCUGUUAAGUAACAGACAAAGUUACGCCAAAAUACUGAUCUGAUUUGUCGUUUCGUCACUUGCUCACCAACGGAUCCAGUGCAGUGAAUGGGUGCCGUCAGAAUGAGAAUGUAAACGGCUGAUAAAAACAUCACAAUAAUCCACAAAUGAUUUUUAACUAAAAUAUGAGUCUGUAAUCCAUGACACUUCCUCCAGUGAAAAAGUGGUCUGAUCUGAAUCAGGAGAGAAAUCUGCAAAGAUCAACCACUGUUUACAAGACAAAACAGCUCUAAACAAAUAUGCAGCUGGAUUUUGAUGUGGGAGACAACAGGAGAUGGACUUUUUCACAUUAUUAUGGAUUAUGGACUUGUAUCAUUUUAGCUAAAAAUGUCUUGAUGGAUUUGUUUCAGCUUUUGUCUUUUCAAGAUGUGAACUGAUGGACUGGAGUGGUGUGGAUUACUUGUGGAUUAUUGUGAUGUUUUUAUCAGCUGUUUGGACUCUCAUUCUCCAGCACCCAUUCACAUCCAUUGGUGAGACAGUGAGGGAAUGACACAUUUCUCCAAAUCAUCUACAUCUUAAAUGGGUUAGUGCAUUUUCAUUUUUGAGUGAACUGUUCCUUUACACACAUCACAGGCUGCAGAUUAUUUGUGUAUCUUGUCUGUGGUGUUAUUAUUGUUAAUGGACGUCUGAUUAUUUUCAUAAACUCGAUUAUGUCCUGUGAUCGCCUCAUGAGGCUGAAUAUAGUACUGUUGGGCAGAUGAUCAUAUAUUUGGCUUUGGAAAUCAAACAAAGUGCCUUAAAGCAUCACAGUCAGUCGAGAAAUGAAGACGUUCAGCAUCUACACUAGUGCCUUAAUAUCACAUACUGUAAAAAUGAAAGCUACUGAACGACUUUAUGUGCACUGUAUGUGUCAAUGUUCGUGUAAUUCACUACUGGUUUAAUGUGCCUUUAUUAUGUUUAAUAGAAGUGAAUGUCUCUGAAUUGGAUUUGUUGUUGCCUGUUAUUUAAUGCACUGUAAGGGACAUAUAUGAAGGGAAAGGAAAUGAUUGCAAUCAUAUGUGCAGCUACAGAAUUGAUGUCCAAGUAUUUCUGUAUUAAAAGGCCUUGACAACACCAGUCCACUGCAACUAGCUUUGCUUUUUAUUUCAUUUAAUUUUUCCCAUACAGUCGAUCAGUUUGUCAUCCUGUAGGCCAUUAUUUACACUUUGUAUAAAUACAGGUUCAGAUUAUUGGAAAUAUUAUACGGAACAAUGACGUUUGAUAAAAUGUGUAUUAGACAAAUCUGUGA